CUGCUGCGGUCCCUGCUGGAGUCCCACGAAAUCCCCUCCCUCAUCCUUUGGGGCCCUCCGGGCUGCGGGAAGACUACACUGGCACACAUCAUAGCCAACAGCAGCAAAAAGAAUGGCACGAGGUUUGUGACACUGUCGGCCACAAGUGCCAAGACAAAUGAUGUUCGAGAUGUCAUCAGCCAAGCCCAGAAUGAAAAAAGACUCUUCAAGAGAAAAACCAUCCUCUUUAUUGAUGAGAUCCAUCGUUUCAAUAAAUCUCAGCAGGACACUUUCCUUCCUCACGUCGAGUGUGGGACGGUGACCCUGAUAGGAGCAACCACAGAAAACCCUUCCUUCCAAGUCAACGCCGCUCUCCUGAGCCGAUGCCGGGUGAUCGUCCUGGAGAAGCUGUCAGUUGAGGCGAUGGAGGCAAUUCUGAUGCGGGCUGUCAGGUCCUUAGGGGUCCAGGUUUUGGGACAAGGCGACGAGCACAGCAGCUCUGCAACUGGCAGCAGCAGGGAGAGCUCGGAGUUCCCUGUUUACAUAGAGGAGAAAGCUCUGAAUAGCCUUGCCUACCUCUGCGACGGUGAUGCAAGGACAGGACUGAAUGGGCUCCAGCUAGCAGUUCAGGCCAGGUUAGCAGUGGGGAAGACCACUCCUUUGAAUAUUACCAAAGGUGGUUCUACAGAUGGCAUUCUGAUAACAGAAGAGCACGUCAAGGAAGGGCUACAGCGAUCUCACAUCCUGUAUGAUCGAGCAGGAGAAGAACAUUACAAUUGCAUCUCUGCCCUGCAUAAGUCUAUGAGAGGCUCAGAUGAAAAUGCUUCCCUUUACUGGCUUGCUCGAAUGCUUGAAGGUGGUGAGGAUCCACUCUAUGUGGCAAGGAGGCUGGUGAGGUUUGCAAGUGAAGAUAUAGGGCUUGCAGAUCCUCUGGCUUUAACACAAGCAGUUGCUGCUUAUCAAGGCUGCCACUUUAUUGGAAUGCCAGAAUGUGAGGUCAUUCUAGCACAAUGUGUGGUGUACUUUGCCAGAGCACCAAAGUCUAUAGAGGUAUACAGGGCAUAUAACAAUGUCAAAGAAUGUCUGAGGACGCACACGGGACCUCUGCCGCCUGUCCCACUGCACCUGAGAAACGCCCCAACGAGGCUCAUGAAGAACUUGGGCUAUGGGAAAGGUUAUAAAUAUAACCCCAUGUACAAGGAACCUGUAGAGCAGGACUAUCUACCAGAAGAGUUGAAAGGAACAGACUUCUUCAAGGAACGAAAAACGUGACUGCCUUGCUCGGGAUGGGUUUUGGUUUUAUGACUUACGUAGUUGUACUGGGAUGGAAAUUCCCUUUGCAGUUUCAGCUGUCUCUUACUGUGGU